AUGGAAAGAUCGGAACACGAGAAUGUCUCAUAUACCGAGACAGACUACCCAUUUCAAUUGCCAUGGUUCCCGAAAUCCCACACCCAUACGCGUUCCCAAGUUCUGAUCGAUAUCUGCGGAGUUGAUUAUCCCUCCCGAAGACGAAGAUUUGAAGCGGUUCAUAAUUCACCAAGUACUCGGUAUAACCCACGCAUUCGUGUACAAACCAGUGUAGACGAAAUAACACGAAUAUCUACGGUAGUCAGUCCAUUUCCAUCAGCCGGCCGGUGGGAGCGAGAAGUAUGGGAUAUGUCCGGUGUUUAUUCCAUCAAUCACCCGGAUCUACGCCGUAUAUUAACAGAUCACGGUUUCGAGGGUCAUCCAUUACGAAAAGACUCCCCCCUUAGUGGAUAUGUGGAAGUACGCUACGAUGAUCCGGAGAAACGUGUGGUUUCUGAACCAAUUGAGAUGACCCAAGAAUCCCGCUAUUUCGAUUUCGCUAGUCCUUGGGAACAAAUGGCGCGUAGCGACGAAGCUGAAGUCGCCUAAAAAUGAUUCGUCGAGGCGCCCUAUCUCCUCCAACUGGCUCCUUCCAAAAAAACAAAAUACGCUUCUGGUUUCUCCGAUUGGUGGCGGGAGAAGAUGUCUGGUUGGGACAAUGAGGCCAGCCAAGCCCUUGCUCAAAAGCGCUUGAGAAGGUCUCAAAGGGGAAGAAAAAAGA